GGUGGGGUAGCAGUGAGAGGGGCGAUGGCGGCGGAGGGGCCGCGCAGUCUGUUCUCGCUAAGCGCGACGGCCGUGAGCCGCAGCAUGGCGGCUCUGGAGCGGGACGUCUGGGCGCUGCCCGGACAUCUCCUGCGGGGGCUCCUGCCGCUUCUCACCGUCUUCCACCUCGAGCGGGCUGAGGGCGCAGCACAGAGAGCAGGCCUCUCGACGCAGCCCAUCUGGCGCAAGCUGUGGGAUGAUGUGAUGAAAACCAGGCCGCCCAACUCGGAGAGUAUAACCUGUUGGAGGAAGAAGUUCCUUGAAACGUUCUUCUCCAACGUUCUUCACGGUGUCUUGGAUGUCUCCUCUGACUGGCGCCUCCAUCACCAUCACUUCUCCCCGCUGCUCCACAGCUCCCCGCACGUUUCCCAGCUUACCCUCUGCAACAUGCUGCAGGGUGCGGUGGAGCUCACUGCUGAGCACAACCAGAAGGUGCUUGAAAACCUGGCUGGCUCCCUGCGGAUCCUGAAGUUCCAGCACCUCCUCUCCUCUGACCAGUCCAUCAGGUGUUCGCUGGUUUUACUUCUUCACCGGCUGAUUCACCAUGGCUCUGUCAGCCAAGUGUCCAUGUAUUCCUGGCCUGUUCCCGACACAGUUCUUCUCGUUCUCAUUUUGAGCAUGAGUGCUGGGUUCUGGCGCUCGGGCAAUGCCCUCAUGUAUCACAGUAGCCUGUGUGGCUUUUGCAGAGAGGAGGGCAAAGCCCAAAGCCAGGAGCUGCCACGAGCACAAGCAGAGAGGAGCUGUUACGAUGAGAGGGAGCGGAGCAGUGAUGAGAACCAGAGGGCAUGCCCCAGUGCCCCGGAAGAGGCUGACACUGAAGUGAAUGAGUGUGGGGCUGAUGCUUAUCUGAACUCUGUCCUCUCAAGUUCUCCUCUGCAUUACCGAGCGUGUGAGGAGGCAAGCAGCAAGGUGCCCUGUGACCACACCAGCGUUGAGGGAGGUUCUUGUUGCAUCUCAGAUCAGCCGUCCUGUCAGCGUGUUCUUCGAAAGACACGCAGACGACUAAAAUCUGCCGUGGGGAAGAAACGUCGCUGCCUCAGACGAAGCAGGGGACCACAUGCCGACUCAGAAGACCUGUAUGAUUUUGUUUUCACUGUUGCUAAAGAGGAUAAUUCAGGGUUACUCAACAAAAACAGUGCCACAGAGGGAGAAAACGCUGAGAACUGGACUAGUUCCUCCUCAGGAUCCCCGUGCAACGGCCAUGCUGGCUGUAAGAAAAGAGGAGGAUCUGCUGGGAUCUCUUCUCUGAAAGCUGCUCACCGCUUCCGAAGCGUAUCCACGCUGGAAUUGUUCUCCAUUCCUUUGACUGGGGAGACAUGUCGGACUCUGAGUAACCUGCUGAGCUCCUGGGUGUCUUUAGAAAACUUGGUUCUGUCUUACAACGGCCUGGGUGCUAACAUCUCCUGCAUCCUCUCAGCGCUCCGGGCCCUGUCCCGCCACUCGGACUGCCACCUCCACGUGCUGCGUGUGAGCGACAUCUUCUCCCACAUGCCUUGCAUGGAGCUUGUUUGCUGCAUCCUGAGCGCCUCUCCCCAGCUCCGCACGCUCUCAGUCAGCUUCGACCUCAAAAACCAGCUGGAAGGGAACAGGCCAGAGGGGAAUCCAACCUGCAGUGAGGUAGAAAUUCCAGAGAGCUGCCUGGAGCAGCUGGAGAUCCGAUUCCCCAGGGAACCUCUGCACACCUCGUUCUUGCUGCCAGUGCUCAAGGCAUCAAAGUCCCUCCAGCAGUUGUCCCUUGACAGUGCUACACUGCCUUCUUCUCAGGAGCUUGGGCUCCUUUUGGAGGCUCUCAAAGAGUGUAAUCCAAAUUUGAAGAAACUGAGCUUUCAUGAUGUGAACCUCGCUGAGCACCAGAAAGAAGUUCUGCUUUUGCUUCAGGAUCCCAUCCUGCAAGAAAUCACAUUUUCCUUCUGCCGGCUAUUUGAAAGCUCUACUACCGAGUUUUUGUCAGAAAUAAUUAAUACAGUGAAAAGAAACUCAGCUUUGAAGAGUCUGAAACUGCCUGGGAAUCGCCUUGGGAAUCACAGGCUGGUUGCCCUUGCGGACAUUUUCUCUGAAGAUUCCUCCUCUUCUCUUUGCCAGCUGGAUGUCAGCUCGAAUUGCAUCAAACCUGAUGGGCUCCUGGAGUUCACAAAGAAGCUGGAAGGCUACAUCCAGCAGAGAGGGGGACAAAUACAAUUCACACACCUUCGCCUCUUCCAGAAUUGGCUGGACCAGGAUGCUGAAACAGCUCAAGAAGCACUUCGGCGUCUCAAAGCUGUGUGCAGUGUGGUCAAUGACUCGUGGGACUCCUCCCAGGCCUUUGCUGAUUACAUCAGUGUUAUGUGAUGGUGGUGCAGGACCGAUGGAUGCAGGAGUGGGAGAAAACCGAACAGUUUGAACUAAGCAGUUCAGUCCCUGGCCAAGUAGCUUGCUGUUUGUUUGCAGUCAUGUUGCCCCCUCCAACAUCUGCAGGCAUUUUACAGAGGUUUUGAAUAGUUUGUUCUUUUGUAACAUUUUUAUAACAAAAAUAUAACUAAGACCCAUAAUAUACCAAAGUGUGAUUU